AUGUCACUAAAUGGGCGCGAACUGGUGAAGCAGUCGCCACCGGCUGACUACAAUCAGAGCGUGCUGACGAUGCAGAAGUCGGUCACCAUCACGGUGACACCGCAGCGCAGCAACUCGAUGGAUCUGCUCAACUUCGAGGAGAAGCGACAGCUGAUCGCUUCCUCACUUUCGCUGUCCGACAUCUUGCACGUCAGCCCGGCUGCGGCUCACGUUGCUAAGGAGGUCGCCGCCAGUACGGUGAUCGCGACGAAAAAGCAGAACGGCACCACGAUGCGCUCGAACAGCCUCAACUCCGGCUCCCGGACACCACCGCUCGAGCGAAAAAGCAGCAAAUUCAGCGCCUUCGGUCGGCUGUUCAAACCGUGGAAGUGGCGGAGAAAAAAGAAAAGCGAAAAGUUCGAGUCCACCUCAAAGUCGCUUGAGCGGAAAAUUUCAGUACGUGCCAACCGGGAAGAACUUGUACAAAAGGGUAUUCUGUUGCCGGAAAGCCCAACAUCUGCACUAUCGAUAGCUGCCAUUUGCAUCAGCCCCACGGAAUCGGUUACGUGGUCCACCUCAUCUCACAGGCAAUUGCAAACCUUCCACCAUCAGCCGCCGCCACCGCCGCCUCCACUGGCGUCGCUGCACUAUCGUAGUCCAAACGAGGAGCAGUACACGAUCUACAACUCAGUGAACGGAGCGAACGGUGCCGUCCUGCCAAAUCUCGCAAUAUCCGCCACCGCACCAAAUAGUACUAGCAUAGCGAGCAACAACGUGCCUUUAUCGCAAUCGGCCCAACAGAUCAGCAGUCUGGGCGGUCCGGGCGGCGUCGGCACCCCGGUCGGAUCGCUCAACCUGGCGGCCAUCCUUGGCGGUGGUGGUGGUGGUGGUGCAGGACCAGGUGGUCAGCUGGUCAGUUCGUCUGGUGGUGGCAGUGGUGCGAAUGUUAUCGGUGCGAACAUGAUCGGUGGCAGUACGGCUGGUAGUGCGUUGGCCAGCAUUCUCACCGGAAGUGUUAGUUUAAGUGGUGGUGCGGGUGGGCCCGGUGGUGGUGGGCCAAGUGGAGUGGGGGGUGGACCAAUUGGUGGGGGAACAGGUGUAGUGUUGGUGUCCGGGUUGUCACAUUCCCAAUCGGCCCAUCAGAUUGGGCAGCCGCCGCCACCAUCGCUCGUGCACGCGCAACUUGCUCCACAUCAGGCGCUCAAACAGCAGCUGCAAGCGCAUUUCGCAAACGUGGCUGCCAAUGCCAGUGCCAACAUGAAUCAAGUUCAAGAUAAUCAAAGGAAAACACCACCGCCGGCCAAUGACGGUCAACAGCAGCAGCAACAACAGUUGCAGCACCACCAGCUGCAGCAGGCAACGCAAUCUCUCCAAGCUCAGCACCACCACCAAGCGCUCCAGCAGCAGCUCCAGCAACACCACCAGCAGCAAGCCCAGCAACAGCAGCUGGCGGCUGCGGCCGCGGCCCAGCAACACGGAGGCGGUCAUGGGCACGCACACGGGCACCACGGGUUACCGAACCAUAUCGUGCUGUCGGAGUUGCCGGAACCACCGAUUCCGGUGUCGGAGAUUGGCCCGAUCCCACCGCCACCCAUGUUCUCCACGCCCAGUCCCACCCUCGCGGGUGUCCGGUCGCAUGGUGGAGGCGGUGGAGGAGGCGGAAUCGUCGUCGGACUCGGGGUGAUGGGAGUAGGAGGUGGCGUUGGCGGCGGAAGCAGUAGUGGCGGUGGCGGGAUCGCAGGCGUAGGCCAACCACCGAACGUGCAUUCCACUGGUAGCAAUAGUAGUAUUAUGAGUAACAUUAUACCGUUAGAUAUGAACGAUUACGACUACGACGAUCAUGAAAACAAUGAUCAAGAGGAGGUCGAUUCGGACGAAGACUACAUGUACCCGAUGUCACAGCCGAAUCCGAAUAUCGAUACGAACCGCAUCGACGAAAUCCCGGCGAAGGAGCCUAACAUUAACGCGGUGCCAUUGAAGUCUGCGCUGAAGAAGAAGGGCUCGAAUCCGGGCACCCCAACCCAGGACAAUCGAGCCCUGGCGGUGCGGUACGAUACGAACCCUCCGGCGGCAGCCACGAUCAAGCCAGUUUUACGACCACGGAUUAGAAUAUGUUCCCGACCGAUGCGUUUCCAAAUUGGCCUACCAAGCACGAUGGAGAACAAGGAAAAUACGCGCCCCUUCGUGAUCCGCGAAACCGGUGACGAUUGCGACCAAUCUGAUGGGCCAAUCUGCUACCGGGACGACGAUGCGGACCGAGCGGCUAAAAUCGCUCGCAAAGAGAGUCUCUCGAUCAAGCUGGCACUUCGACCAGACCGGCAGGAGCUGAUUAACCGCAACAUUCUGCAGUUGCAGUCGGACAACGAGAAGCAGGAGUCCAAGGAAGCGAUCGGCGCUCGGUUGAUCCGCCGUUUGUCGAUGCGUCCCACGGCCGAAGAGCUGGUCGAGCGCAACAUUCUCAAAACCCAAUCGCCUGCGGAGGAGAAGAAGCAGAAGGAGGAAAAGAAGCGCUACCUGCUGCGAAAGCUCAGCUUCCGGCCAACGGUCGACGAGCUGAAGGAGAAAAAGAUCAUACGCUUCAACGAUUAUAUCGAGGUGACGCAGGCCCACGAUUACGACCGGCGGGCGGACAAACCGUGGACGCGCCUGACACCGAAGGAUAAGGCCGCUAUUCGCAAGGAAUUGAACGAAUUCAAGAGUUCCGAAAUGGCCGUGCACGAAGGUAGUCGACAUCUUACCAGGUUUCAUAGGCCAUGACAACUGCAAUGGAAGGCCCAGCAGUACAAGCAAUUUGCCGUACAUUAUAUUUUACAUUUCUCACUGGAGAUUACCGCAACCGUCGGGCAUCAGCUCGUGUACAUAUAAGCGCGGCAACAUCUACAACGUGCGCGCUCUUUGUAGUCGUCGGUAAGGCCGAAGACCGAAU